GCAGAUCAGAAACUGAAAGUACGUUCGUAGUCUGAACCGCCGGUUGCAGUGAUUUGUUCGGGAGCCGUAUAUGAUUCAUAUAUUAAACAAAAAACGGAACUUCAGUUCGGAUGUUUUGGAGAAGCUGAGCUUAACGGGAGAGGGAUUGAACACUGCUCCACAGGGCGCUUCAGUACCGCCUUAUUCACACCGUUUUCUUCAAGGAAGUCUACGAAGGUGUGACUGGGCUCAAUAUAAGACAGAUGGAAGAUGUCCUAUAUGUGCAUCUGGAAACCGUGUUGAUAGACACUGCAGUGAGGAUACAAUCACUUCUUGUGUUCCAUGUCUUCAUUCAACUUUCAUUGAUGCACCAAACGGCCUCACAGAAUGCAUUAGCUGUGCAGUGUGUGAUGCUGAUUCUUCUCUAAGAAAUUGAAAACCUGGACAAGGAAUUAAUGGACAGAGAAGACAAGCUGCUUUAGAAAAAACUGAAAUACGAUGUUUUCUUGUUGAUCUACCUGCAGAACUGGCAUCUGCGUGAAACAAACAAAAAUAAUUUUGCAGAUGAUCUAAAGCUACUGAAGCAAGAAAGAUGAAAUGUGCAGGAGAAACAUUUUGCAUUCUUUACUAGAAGAGACUGAAUCAGUACUUUUAUUAUGAUCUCUGGUUUGCAGAUCAUCUUUAUUUUUGCUACUUUUUUUUCCUCAAAUUUUGAACACUGUUUUUGCAUGUGUGCCUGGACUGAGUAUGAGGUAGAUGGAGAAUGUUGUCCCAUGUGUGCACGAGGACACCGUGUUUAUACGCACUGCACUGAAGAUACAGUCCCUAUUUGUGUUCCAUGCCUUCACUCAACUUUCCUUGAUGCACCCAACGGCCUCACUGAAUGCUUCAACUGUACAAUGUGUGAACAAAGUCAGGGUUUAAGAGAAAACACAGCCUGUACUCAGGCAUCAGAUACAGUCUUUGAGCCACUAGAUGGAUAUUACUGUACUGAUCAGUACAGAGGCAGCUGUAGACUAGCUGACAAACACACAAACUGCAGCACUGGACAAUAUAUAAAGCAAAGAGGAACAGCAUCUAAAGAUACUGAAUGUGCUGAAUGUCCAGAUGGUACCUUCUCAAACGGCUCUCUUCAUAUUUGUCAACCACAUUCAAAAUGUGAAGGUCUGGGACUCACAGAAAUAAAGGCAGGAACACGUUCUUCUGAUGCUGAAUGUGGAAAUAAAACUUCAGCUGCUCUAAUAGCUGGAGUUGUAGUUUUUGUUGUCAUUGUUGCUGUAGUUGUUGUGUUUUUCAAAGUCAAACAUAAGACUUUCUCAUGUCGAGACUGGUUUAAGACUCAGCUAGCUGAGAACCACAUGAUUCCAAUAGAGGAAACUGGAUUUCAGGAAUCUACAGCGCUCUCAUCAGUGAUGCCAAUGUUGACUAAUCCUCCAGACAGGUCAGGGUUUAAGAGUAAAGACUCCCUGCACUCAUUCAUCAGAUACAGUCUGUAA